UUUUUGGAGCAGAAGUAUGGCUAUUUCCACUGUAAAGACUGCAAGACCAGAUGGGAGAGUGCUUAUGUGUGGUGCAUUUCUGGAAGCAACAAGGUGUACUUCAAGCAGCUUUGUCGCAAAUGCCAAAAGGGCUUCAAUCCCUAUCGAGUGGAAGCCAUCCAGUGCCAGACCUGUUCAAAGACUCGUUGUUCCUGCCCUCAGAAGAAAAGACACAUUGAUCUCAAGAGACCUCAUCGCCAGGAACUUUGUGGCCGCUGCAAAGGCAAGAGGCUGUCCUGUGAUAACACGUACAGCUUCAAAUACAUUGUCUGA